AAGGCGGCGGGGGCGGCGCCCAGCCCCGGGAACUCCCCGCGGUGGCGGAGGCCGAAGCCGAAGGCGCGGCCGGGCCGGCGGGCUGGGGGCGAUGGGCGCCCGAGGGGGCCCGAGCGGAGACCGCGAGGGGCGGCGCUGCCUCGCCGCCGAGCUGAGCGCCCGCCGCUGACCCGCCCGGCGCAGCGGGGCCCGGACAGCUGUCAUGGAGGAGUUGGUAGAGGAUGACAUCUGUAUUUUGAACCAUGAAAAAGCAGACAAUGCUCACAAGAGAGACAGUGAUAUUCCUGUUCCAUCCUAUACUGGAGAUGAGUCUGUUGCCUCACACUUUGCACUUGUCACUGCAUAUGAAGAUAUCAAGAAACGACUGAAGGAGACAGAGAAGGAGAACUCCUUCUUAAAAAAAAAAGUGAGAAUUUUAGAAGAGAAGGUGCUGGGCUCCCGGCUGGAAGAGGAGAGCAGCUCAGUUGGGCGGGAACAAGUCAAUAAGGCGUACCAAGCCUAUCGAGAGGCCUGCAUCGAGCGCGAUCAUUUGAAAAGCAAGCUGGAAAAAAUGGUGAAAGAAAGUGCGGAAUCCUUGAAAAACUUGAACGAACAGUUGCAAUCUAAAGAAGUAGAGCUGUUACAACUAAGAACUGAAGUGGAAACUCAGCAAGUGAUAAAAAGUCUGAAUUGUACUCAGGCUAACUGGGAAUUAGAGAAGCUGAACAGUGACCUGAAAGUGCAUAGUCUGGAACAGGAUCUAGAAAAACUCAAGGAAGAGUGCAACAGUCUCAGGAAGGAGUUGCAAAAUUCCAAACAGAAGGACCAGACUCAAGACAAAAAUCCAUUACAUGGAGACCACCUUCAAAGGCAAGACAUCCAGAGUUUCCAACAAGCAUAUUGGGACCUGAAGAGAGAAAUGUCUAAUUUGUAUGUAGUGACUGUCAAGCAAGCUGAGGUCCUACGAAAACUGAAAAGGAGCCCACCAGGAGCCAAGAAAGCUGCCUGUACUGCACCAGUGCAGUGUGUUGACUUGAACAUUUCAAAGCUGAAUUUGACAUCUGGGGUAGCCUAUAAAAACCUCUCACAAAACAAUAAAGCCCUCGGCAACACUGUGUCUCCCCCUCUGCUGAGAGAUGCCCAUGUCCCAUCAGAAAGGGUGAUCCUACAAGCUUGGACAGAUGAGAGACCAAUUCCAGCUGAUGGCAAAACGUUUCAGGAACACCAUUCUUAUGGAAAGAGCUCUCUGGAAGAUAAUUCCUGGGUAUUCCCAAGUCCUCCAAAGCCCAGUGAGAAUAUGUUUUGGGAAAUGAAAAAUAAUCCAACUUUGUUAAACUGUCCAGCAGAUUACCUAGAUCAGUGUAAUCAAAACUGUCUGCACAAGAGUUAAACAAUUUGUAGAAUGAACUGAGGCAUUUUUGGAGUGAUUCUGAAUAGGCACCUUAAUAGGCUUGAAAUUCUAAGGAGAGAAAACAAAUUGCUUGAAAUGUUCUUUCUUUAUUUUUAAUUCUAGUUCCAAAUCAGAAAGCCUAGUCUUCCUCUGCUGUAAAUCAGGAGUGAGUUCCUUGAUGUUAAAGCUGUGCUGGUAUAAUGUAAAUACAAAGAAAUCUAGCAUGGGGCCUAGAUAGUCUUGUACUGCAAAUGACAUACAUUUGCUAAAGGUUGCACUGAAAAGUGAGUUUGUGGAAUAAAACAAAAUAAUCCA